GGUGGGGUUUGGAAAGCUCCUCCACAGGCUUGCGAUGAGCCCGGGGGGAAGGAGGAGGCGGGGGGCUCGGCUCGGUGAAUGAAUGGGCGGCCGCUCCCCUGCUCCAUGGCGGCCGCGCUGAGCCGCGCCAGCCCCGCGCUCCAGCCGCGUUUUGUCUCAGGCUCGCCCCGCUUGGAGCUCCCCAGACAUGUUCAACCAGCAGCAGUUCCAGCAGCAGCUGCUGCAGCUCCAGCACCUCCUCCAGCAGCAGCAGCACCACCCCCCCCCGGCGCAGCAGGGAGCUCGGGGUUUGCCACCACCGCAACAGCAACAGAUGCUGAGCUUACGGGCAACAAAUCAACCAUCGCUGCUCAAUGCCAAUCCUAUGCUUCAGCGGGCCUUACUCAUGCAGCAGAUGCAAGGAAACCUGCGUGGAUUUAACAUGACAGCGCCAGCACUGCAGCAGUUUUUCCCUCAGGCUACGAGACAUUCCCUCCUGGGGCCACCGCCUGUUGGGGUCCCGUUAAAGCCCACUCGCCUGGGCUUCCCCAACCUUCCCUUCCAGCGGCAGAACCGGAACUUUCGCAAGGACUUCCAGAGGGUUCCUGAGAGAAAGCGGGAGUUAGAUCCUGGUUCGUCAUCUCAGACACAAGGUGAUGAGGGAGCACAAGCAGGGUCAGAGCGGAACAGCUUCUCACCGUCCACAGAGCCAAGAACUCCAGCAGAUUCUGUGUUGAACACUGAGCCUGCAGCAAAAAGACUGAAGAGCAUGACUGAGAAGUCUGCAUUAGAGGAUGCCAGAGACAGCAGGGACAUUGGAGAGCCAAGCACCUGCGUCCAAGCUGACGGCACUGGCAGUGCAAAGGAGUACACAACUGAAGAUCCCUCUAAAGAGAGGAGGUUCUCUGAUGAACUAAAGGCUCCUGAGGUGUUGAGCUCUGGUGGUUCACUGAAAGUGACUAUCCAGCAGAGCAGUGAAAGCAGAGCCAUCAGUACAACAGCUCUGAAACCAGGGCACUGGGCCUGUGAGGUGGGCACAGCCAAUCCCAACCCUGAAUCAGCCCUCAAGUUCUACUGCUAUAUCUGCAAGACCAACUGCUGCAGCCAGCAGAAUUUCCAAUCCCACAUGGCUGGAAUUCAGCACCAGCAGCGGCUUGGGGAGAUUCAGCACAUGAGCAAUGUUUGUUUUGUUUCAUUACUGCCCAUGGUGAAGGAGCAGAAGGUGCUGGCAGAGAAAGAUGGAGAGACGCAGCAGCGAUGGUGUAACACUUGUCAGAUACACUUCACUGGGGAUCUCAUCAAACAUCGCAGGACCCAAGAACACAAGCUGGCCAAACGCUCGCUUCGUCCUUUCUGCACUGUCUGCAGCCGCCACUUCAAGACACCUCGCAAGUUUGUUGAGCAUAUGAAGUCCCCCGAGCACAAACAGAAAGCCAAAGAGGUGAGGCUGGGAGAGAAGGAGUUGGGCAGCCCAGAGGAUUCAGAGGAGUUGAUCACAGUGGAUGCUGUUGGCUGUUUUGAAGAUGAUGAUGACGAGGAGGAGGAGGAAGAGGGGGGAACUGGUGAAGAGGAAGACCUUGAUGUAGCGCUGAUGGAGAGUGAGGAUUCUGCUGCCAAGCAGACUGGGCUGAAGGAAGUGUCUUUGGAAGAUUACGAAGGAAGCGAGAAGUAUUGUCCAGACACAGCCUAUGGCCUGGAUUUUCUGGUCCCCGUCGCAGGUUACCUCUGCAGGCUGUGUCACAAAUUCUACCAUAGCGACUCUGCUGCCCGGCUCGCACACUGCAAGUCCCUGAUGCAUUUUGAGAACUUUCAGAGAUACAAGGCAGCGAGGCAUCGCGCCGCAGCUGCUUACCCCGAAGCUCCUUUGCAUUCCCAGGGCUCCAGCUCCCAGUUGCUGGAUAAUACAAAACAGCUUCCUGCUACCACAGGAGAAACUGCCAAGAAGAUGAAUGAUGAUCGUGGAAUAGUCAGGGCAGGUAUAGAGCCACCAGCCCUGCAAGAACAAGCUUCGAGCUCUCUGGAGGGUAAGGGUGAGCUGGCCACCUCUGUAGCAGAGGGGAGAAGCCGAGCCAGUGUGACUGACGAUGUCUGUGGAAUCACGGUUGUAGAAGAAGAAAACCUGCAGGAGGAGAGCAAGUCCACUACUGUGAGUGCCGAGUGCCUGCUGCCCGAAGAGAACCGCGCCCCAGGACAGGCGCUGGGACACGAAGUGUCCGAGGAGGAGGAAGCCAGUGCAGCUGGGCAAAGCGAAGGCACGGAUGACUGCCAGGAUCCAGGGGAUGGAGGGGGUUUAGGACAGGAUGAGGCAGCAGAUGCAGGCAAGGAAGCAGCGGCAGAGCCUUCCUCCCUAGCCAAAGGCGAGACAGACAGUCUUGCCUCUGCUGGGUGCCGACGCUCCCAUAGGCGCAAACCCAGAUAGAGUGGCCUUAAAGGGAGAGCCCUUUACAUACGAUAUUUGUUGGAAAUGUUUAUUUUCUGAGUCUUUUAAUAGAGCAAAAACCUUCAACUUUACUGCUGUUUUUAUUUUAAGAAUAAAAUAAGCCUGGCUUUAGCGUGUCUAAUACAGGAUGGUGUUGGUUAUUACUUGUACAGCUGGGAAACAACUAUGUGGAAAGGCUGAGGUUUGGAUAGCUCAACCUGAAAGAAGAUGGUAAAGUGAUUUCCACAGGAGACAAAGCUCAUGAAACAGAUGGAUGUGGACUUAUUUUUCACUAAGAAUUCUUUAUAGUUCCUCUCUUGCUUCUUUUCCAGGCAUGGGAAAAGUUUCUCUCUUGGGAGACUGUGUGCCCAAUCCUGUUCCUCAGAACAGUUUCCUUUUGAAGAUGCACACUCUUGGACAAAUACUGUGACCUAAGUGAGGCAAGAAUGUGCAUCUUAGUCCUUUAUUAAUACUACACAGCUUAACGCAGUCUGCUCUCAUAGUGGAGACUCUCAGGAACAAAUUUUGUUUCAAACUGAUUU